UUUAAAUUAAUUCUGUGCACCAAAGACCAGGUGUAAUCAGGCGUAAUGCGUACACAUUUAUAGAUCCGUCACAUCACAUGACUACGUGACUAUCAUGUCAUCUGUAAUCUGUGCCUGUGAUUCAGUCGAAUUGAGUCAAGUGUCGAGUGUUUUGUUGGUUAUCCAUGAAAAUCGAAAAUAAUCUUUUAUACAUUAUCAGACACUUAAAGAAAGACAAUAUAUAGGUUUAAUCCGAUACACAAAAAUCUCUCUAGUUAGAAAAGAAAAUUAAUAUUUUUUCCAACUUGUUUAUACGGUAUAAUAAAAGAUACGUAUUUUUUAUAGCUACUCGUGGGUAUUAAUUACUAAUUGUUUUAAUCACUUGCAACAUGACAUCUCUUCUCAACGAGGGAAACGAGGUUCUCGUUAUAUUAGGAAAUGAAGCGUCUUUUCCAUAUGAUACGGCGGAAUUUUGUUCUGCCAUCAAGCAACGUAUCGGACAGCUUGGCAAAAUGCAUGCCACAAAUUUGUUGGAUCUAAAAAAAGAAAAUUACAAUGCAUCUGCUUUUAAUGUCAUUAUUGCCAUUUUUGUACAAUCAUGUACAAACGACGAAUUUCUAACGGAGGCAUUGAGAAUUCUGAAACCUAAUGGCUUACUCAUUAUUUAUGAACCAUUACCAGCGGAGAGAAAGUCAAAUACACAACUUAUCUAUUCUGAAAGAAUAUCUAGAUUAAAGUUAUCCGGCUUUAUAGUAAACAAUAUAGAACGAAAGAGCUUAGAUAAGGAUUUAGAAAGCAGAAAUCUUUUGUUAAAAGUAUAUAACAAUUUAGAAGACAUUUGCAAAGUAUUAGCAAAUAAACCAUCAUUUGAGGUGGGUUCUAGUGUUCCUCUAUCAUUCACAGACAAAAAAAGUAAUAUAUGGAAGGUAGAUGAUUUGAUAGAUGAAGAUGAACUUUUAGAUGAAUCAGAUCUUGUGAAGCCAGAUGCAUCAUCCUUAAGAGUUUGUUCAACAACGGGCAAGCGUAAAGCAUGUAAAGAUUGUACAUGUGGACUCGCGGAAGAAUUAAAUAAUAAAACCAUACAGGAAAACACUGUUAAAUCUUCUUGUGGAAGUUGUUAUCUUGGAGAUGCAUUUAGAUGUGCCAGUUGUCCUUAUCUUGGAAUGCCUGCUUUUAAACCUGGAGAGAAAGUAGUUGUGCCUGAUACUCAUUUAACUAUUGAUUCGUAAAUUUUAUUUUUCAUGGUUAUAUAAAUUUAUAUUUAUUUUAAUUUAGAAAAAUAAUGAUGUGCUGUUUUUAUGAUUGUUUCAUAUGAUUAAUUUAGAUAUUUUUCUGGUAUAUACAUGUAUGUGUUUAAUACAAAAGAAAUGGAUAUAUAAUACACAAUUGUUCCUUAAAUAAAGAUAUGAUUCAAAUCUA